AUGUUCGCGGACCAGCUCGGUAGAAGCAUGGAAGUCUAUAUCGACGACAUGCUAGUCAAAUCUGCCAAGGCACGAUCACGUCAAGCACCUCAGCGAAUGUUUCCGAAUCUUGGAAAGUACGGGAUGAAGCUGAACCCCGCAAAAUGCACAUUCGCCGUUACCUCGGGAGAAUUCCUCGAUUCAUCUCGCGCUCAACCGACAAGUGUCUCCCCUUCUACCAAUUGCUUCGAUCAAACAAGAAGUUCGAGUGGGACAAAAAAUGCGAAGACGCUUUCAAACAACUUGAAAGAGUAUCUCACUACCCCACCAAUUCUCGCAAAACCCGAAGAAGGCGAAACCCUACUCUUAUAUAUCGCAAUAUCAAGCACGGCGGUAAGCGGAGUCCUCGUCCGAGAAGAUCGAGGAGAGCAGCAGCCAGUCUUCUAUGUCAGCAAAACCCUCAAUGAUGCCGAGACGCGAUACCCAACCCUAGAAAAACUGGCACUCGCAGUAGUCAUAUCGGCACGAAAACUCAGGCCAUAUUUCAAUCACACUCCAUCGUCGUCUUUACCAGCCAACCACUACGCCAAAUCCUUCACGGCCCCAACCAAUCCGGAAGAAUGGCAGAUGGGCAAUCGAACUAUCGGAAUACGAUAUUGA